AUGGAUCUUAAAAAUGGAUCUGUAGUGACUGAGUUUAUUUUACUAGGAUUUUCUGGAAGAUGGGAACUUCAAGUUUUCUUCUUCAUAAUAUUUUCCUUGAUCUAUGGUGCGACUGUGGUGGGAAACAUUCUCAUUAUGGUCACAGUGACUUGUAGUUCAACCCUUCAUUCUCCCAUGUACUUUCUCCUUGGGAAUCUCUCCUUUUUGGACAUGUGUCUCUCCACUACCACAACACCCAAGAUGAUCACAGACCUGCUCGCUGAGCACAAAACCAUCUCUGUGUGGGGCUGCAUGACCCAGAUGUUCUUUAUGCACUUCUUUGGUGGGGCUGAGAUGACUCUUUUGAUACUCAUGGCCUUUGACAGAUAUGUAGCCAUAUGUAAGCCUUUGCACUACAGAACCAUAAUGAGCCACAGACUGAUGAAUGGGUUUGUGAUCCUUUCAUGGACAAUUGGCUUUAUACACACCACAAGCCAGAUGGUCUUAACAGUGAACAUACCCUUCUGUGACCACAAUGUCAUAAGCCAUAUAUUCUGUGACCUUCCCCUCGUGAUCAAGCUUGCUUGUGUCAAAACAUAUACCCUGGAAUUAUUUGUCAUUGCUGACAGUGGACUGCUCUCUUUUAUUUGUUUCAUCCUCUUGCUUAUCUCCUACACUAUCAUCCUGGUAACUGUGCACCAAAAGUCAUCUGGCAGCCUCUCCAAGGCUCUGUCUACAUUGUCUGCUCAUAUCAUUGUGGUGACUCUGUUCUUUGGACCUUGUAUCUUUAUCUAUGCCUGGCCAUUCAGUAGUUUGGCAAGCAAUAAAAUUCUUGCUGUAUUUUAUACUGUUAUCACACCCUUACUGAAUCCUGUUAUUUACACCCUGAGAAAUCAGAAAAUGCAAGGGGCCAUGAGAAAAUUAUGGUUGCAACAUGUUAGCUCCACACAGAACUUCUAG